AUGGGUGAUAGAUCUUACCAAUGUCAUUACUGUGGAAAAGGAUUUAAUCAGAAUGGUGAUCUCCAAAAACAUCUUCGUGUACACACUGGUAAUAAAACUUGCCAGUGUCAGUACUGUGGAAAAAGAUGUAGUAAUAAGAGUAAUCUCCAAAAACAUCUUCGUAUACACACUGGUGAUAAACCUUACCAAUGUCAGUACUGUGGAAAAGAUUUUUGUCAGAAUAUUGAUCUCCAAAGACAUCUUCGUACACACACUGGUGAUAAACCUUACCAAUGUCAGUACUGUGGAAAAGGGAUUAGUCGGAAUAGUAGUCUCCAAAAACAUCUUCUUAUACACACUGGUGAUAAACCUUACCAAUGUCAGUACUGUGGUAAAGGAUUUAAACAAAGCUGUAAUCUACAAACUCAUGUUCGUAUACACACUGGUGAUAAACCUUACCAAUGUGAGUACUGUGGAAAAGGAUUUAAUCAAAGCUGUAGUCUCCAAACUCAUCUUCGUAUACACACUGGUGAUAAACCUUACCAAUGUCACUACUGUGGAAAAGGAUUUAGUCAUAAUGUAAAUCUCCAAACUCAUCUUCGUAUCCACACUGGUGAUAAACCUUACCAAUUUGAGAAGAGUCAAGAGGAGAAAAGACAACAUUUGUGUGCUAAAAGAACAAAUGAAGAUACUGCUAUGUCUGCUAAAGAAAGAUAUUUAGCUCAACAAUGA